UCUUAUUCUGCUCCUCCAGUUCCCCCAGAGUUCCUUGUGCCUCUGAGUGACGUGACGUGUGACGACGCAGAGAGCGUCACCCUCAGGUGUAAGGUCUGCGGUCGGCCCCGGCCCACCGUCACCUGGAAGGGCCCCGACCAGAGCAACCUCAGCAACAAUGGACACUUCAGCACUGCCUACAGUGAUACGGGUGAAGCAACGCUGCGGAUAAUCGGCGUCUCCUCUGAGGAUGACGGCGUUUACACGUGUGUCGCCACCAACGAGCUGGGCAGCGUCACGUCAUCCGCUAGCCUCAGAGUGUUAGCAGUGUCCACUGACGGCAUCAGAGUGAGCUGGAAAGACAACUUUGAGUCUCACUACACUGAGGUGGUUGAACUGGGCAGGGGUCGUUUCUCUGUCGUGAAGCGGUGUGACCAGCGGGGCUCCAAGCGUCUGGUGGCGGUCAAACAGGUGAACAAGAAGCUGAUGAGGAGGGACCGGGUCACGCAGGAACUCAACCUGCUCCAGAGGCUGCAGCACCCCCACAUAGUCGGCCUGAUCGACACGUAUGAAACCCCCAGCAGCUACGCCCUCAUCCUGGAGAUGGCUGACCAAGGUCGUCUGCUGGACUACAUCGUGAGCUGGGGGAAUCUGACGGAGGAGAAAGUGGCCUGCUACCUGAGGGACGUUUUAGAAGCUUUACAGUACCUGCACAACUCCAGGAUAGUGCAUCUGGACAUAAAACCUGAGAACCUGCUGGUGUCCCACAGCGCCAGCGGCCAGCCGACGGUGAAGCUCACAGACUUCGGUGACGCGGUGCAGCUCAACAGCGCCCUCUACGUCCACCCCCUGCUGGGCAGCCCUGAGUUCGCCUCCCCGGAGUUGGUCCUUGGAGAUCCGGUGUCGCUGACCUCCGACCUUUGGAGCCUGGGCGUGGUGACCUACGUGCUGCUGAGCGGCGCCUCCCCCUUCCUGGACGAGAGCGCCGAGGAGACCUGCCUGAACAUCUGCCGGCUGGACUUCAGCUUCCCCAGAGACUACUUCCAGGGCGUCAGCCAGGGGGCCCGGGACUUCAUCUGCCUGCUGCUGAGGACCGACCCGGGACGGAGACCUCCAGCCGCACUCUGCCUCCAGGAGCCCUGGCUGCAAGACGAACCCUCUGACGAACGGGCCAGGACGGAGGGCUGCCUGGACACGUCCCGCCUCAUCUCCUUCAUCGACAGGAGGAAGAAUCAGACCGACGCCCGGGCCAUCGGGGGAGUCGGGAGCUUCAUUCAGAGCCGCCUGCAGCCUCGAGUUUAAAGUCCAACCCUCGUCCCUGCUGUCCUGUAGGGUCUGUCCUGUAGGGGCUGUCUUCUAGGUUCUGUCCUGUAGGGGCUGUCCUGUAGGGUCUGUCCUGUAGGGGCUGUCCUCUAGGUUCUGUCCUGUAGGGUCUGUCCUCUAGGGGCUGUCCUCUAGGGGCUGUCCUCUGGGGGCUGCAGGCUCCUCUGGAUUGGAGCAUCUUGAUGGUGUAGAAGCUAGAAAUAAUGAAUGCUGAUCUGAUCCUCUUUCACAGAAUGUUGCUAAAGUCCUGUAGUCCUUUCACAAAUUAGACCUGUAGGUCUAAACCAAUCAGAGUCCUCGAGAACCAAGUUCUCACCAAUCACGUAAAUGAACGGAUGCCCUUGUCUACUGCUGCUUGCUGCUUUCAACUCUAAACAGAUUUUCUAGUAAAGUGAACAAAAAAAAACAACAAAAAAAAGUUAUUUAUUUUCCAUUUGAAGAUUUAGAGCUGACCGAGGAGCCGAUUGAAGGAGCCUCAACGCGGAGAGCAAACUGCCCC